AUGCCUGCACAAUAUCACAGCUCCUCUGGCUCCAGCAGCGCUGGUGAGAGAAUCUACCACGACUCACGGAGAGAACGACCACAGCCGAAGGAGCCUCGCAAGCCCAUCAAACGCGAGGUUGUUGUCAUCCACCAUAACACCGUCACCCGCGACGAGCCUCUUCGAUCAUCCGGCAUGAGCCAUAACAGAUGGACGUGA